AUGGCAGCGACGCCUGUUUCCUCUUCCUUUCCCGACAAACACCGGUCACAGUACCUCUCCCGCGACGAAUACAUAGAUUUACGAAAUUCCCAGGACAAGCAUCUGAAUGCUGAACUCGCUUCAAUCCGAUGCUCCGUCGACGACGUGAAGCAGGAGUUGAACGACGUCAAGCGGGAGUUGAAAGCUGACAUCAAGGAGCGCCUUGGGCGACUCGAAGACCAGACCCAACGUCUCGAAGCCGAGGUUCGCCAGUCCCAAGCCUAUAUGCGCAAUAAAGGGUUGAGGAAUCCAACCCUCCCUAUCCGACCUGUUGUU